AAAUGGCAGCGGCAGAAGACUUUCUUGCCUCGUAUAAAACCGAUGCAAACAGUGCAGUUUGCUUCAAAUUAGUGACUGCAGAAAAUGAUAUAUUUGACAAGGGUAAAGAGUUUCAUCCUGAGUUUUCACAUCAGCUCUUUGGUGACAGUGAAUCUAUAUUUGGUUAUAAAGGAUUGCAAGUUCAGCUUUACUCUCAUGCAGGUAGCCUUUUGACAUACUUAGGAUUGACAUGUGAGUCAGAUGUCACUGGGAUUUUGGAAGGCAUUGAGCCUGAUCCUGUACUGAAGAUUAUUUCAGAAAGGCUUUCAGGAGGAUAUCUUAGUAACUUGGAUGAAUUUAUUGCAAAGUUACCAUCUGAAAACGGUUUCAGACCAAUGGGAGAAUUGAUCCAUAGCUACAAACAAAAUGAUGCUGAYUAUGAAAUAUAUUCUGCUGAUAUCUUUGUUCCAAAGUUUAAAGAAUUCUACAGUAGACUUCAAAUGUUUGCCCUUUGGUACAUUGAUGGAGCAUCAUAUUUAGACUUUGAUGAUGAAAAGUGGCAGUUCUUUUUAUUGUUUGAAAAGAAGAAUGUCUGUGGUGAAGUCCAGUACAGUACAGUAGGUUAUGUGACAGUCUACCACUUCUUUGCCUACCCUGACCAAAUUCGACCUAGAAUUGGUCAAAUGCUGCUUCUUCCACCCUAUCAGAAGCAAGGGCAUGGAGCUGAACUACUGCGUGUAGUUGAGGAACAUUAUAUUAAAGACCCAAAAGUUGUGGACAUCACUGUUGAGGAUCCAUCAAACAGUUUUCUUCGCUUGAGGGACUAUGUUGAUUCACUAGCAUGUAGUAAACUAGAAUGUUUUUCACCUGAUAAUCUCAAAAAAGGUUUUACUGAUACCUUGUUACGUGAAGCAAAGAAAGCAAGGAAAAUAAAUAAGCUACAAUGUCGAAGGGUGUAUGAAAUACUACGCUUAAAAGCAACUGAUAGGAGCAAUGCCAAGGAAUAUAAGGAAUAUCGACUGGAUGUAAAAAAAAGACUCAAUACCUCUUAUCAGAAAGAAAAGUCUGACUUUGAAAAGAUGAAGAAGUACAUUUCUGCAGAAGAACUAAGUGCCAUGAUGAAUCUUCAAUCAACAAGUGAACGUCAGAAACAACUUGAGCAGAUAUACGAAGAAGUUGAGACAAGCUAUCUAAAAACCAUUGAAAGACUUGCUGCCAGUUGAAUCUCAAGUUAUGAUGAGGGCAGUCAAUGUAAAAUCUCAAGCAAGAAAGUCCUUUAACUUGAUCUCAGAACAUCCUACCAAUGUAGUUCUUUGAUAUGACCAUAGACUAUGAUAUGACAAACCUUUAGAUAGCCAAAUAGAAGAGCAUAAAAUAUUGUAACUGA